GCGGCAUGUUUCUUGUGAACUGGUUCCAGGGGGUGCUGUCAUGGCUGGGGCUCGGCAACAAGCGCGCGAAGAUUCUCUUCCUUGGCCUAGACAAUGCCGGCAAGACAACUCUCCUUCACAUGCUCAAGGAGAAGAAGGUUGCUCAGCUGGAGCCCACUCAGCAUCCUCACGACGAGGAAUUGACCAUGGGCAAACUGCGCUUCAGGGUACAUGACUUGGGAGGGCACGAUGUAGCACGCGAGCUCUGGCAAGAUUACUUCACAGCUGUCAAUGCUAUCAUCUUCUUGGUGGAUUGUAACGACAGAAAUCGCUUUGGAGAGGCCAAGGCAGAACUCGACAAGCUGUUGAGCAACGAUCAGUUAGCUGGGAUCCCCUUUGCUAUCUUAGGAAACAAGAUCGAUCAGCCUCGUGCGGCCUCGGAGGCUGAGUUGCGACAGGCACUGGGUCUGCAGUCAUACCUGACAGGAAAGACAGGAAAGGCCGAUCUUCCGAAGGGUGUUCGCCCGAUGGAAUUGUUCAUGGUGAGUGUGAUCCGCAGGAUGGGUUACAGGGAAGCGUUUCAGUGGGUAGCACAGUAUAUCGAUUAGUAAGUCAUUACCUGUGAAGAAUAGAUAACGAAAUUGCAUGUGAU